CACUCCAACCACUUAUAUGGACAUAAUUACGUCACGGCUCAUUUGUCAGUGUUGCAAUCACUUCCGCAAUCAUUAGCCCGCUCCUACACACAUACAUUGCAUUAUACAUAAUCCCUGAAGGCACAGCAAAACGGAACUAGAAUAAUUCUUAAAAGGAAUUUCAAUUAGUGCUGAAUUAGAAAAUCUACUUGUAAUAAAUCAAUUCCGGGUGUGGACCGAAUGCAGGUGUAUAUAAACGUCUUGUUUUGAAGUACUGGCCAUCACUGCUUUUGCCUCUCUACACCAGUAUUUCCCGUCUAAUCAGGACACUCUGUAAGUAUGAGAUGUUUAGCGUUUUACAUAGCUUUUAGCCUGUCCCUAUAAAGGCUAUACUUCACGUUACUGUUUGAUGAGAAGCAGUCCGUAUAUAUUGCUGUUCGGUGAUUUCGAACUUUUACUGAUCACUAUUUGCAAUACUGAUUGAAUCCUCCAAAUGUGUUUGAUGUUUUACGAUCUAUGAACUCAAGGUCACAUCUAGCAGCAUAAGUCUCAGAUCAAGUCCCAUUUCAACCAACACAGUUAGAAAUGUAAAAUAACGACGACGAGUAGGUAGAAGUACCGAUUUUCUUGAAGGAAAGGUGUAACAAGUGUGAGUAGACGUUGAUAAUAAAUGAAAAUGUAAAACUCCUUUUCAGCCUUCCACAAUGAUGAAAAUUAUCGCCCUUGUUGCCUGUUUGGCUGUGGCUGCCUUUGCUGAGCCUUUGAGCUAUGGCAUGACAGGACUCAACGGAAAAGCUGGUCUGUACGGUGGCUACGGAGUGGGAGGUCUGUACGGAGGUUAUGGAGUGGGAGGUCUAUACGGAGGCUACGGAAUUGAGGUCUCUACGGAGGCUACAGGAAUUGGAGGUCUAUACGGAGGCCACGGAAUGGGAGGUCUGUACGGAGGAUACGGAAUUGGAGGUCUCUACGGAGGCCACGGAAUGGGAGGACUGUACGGAGGAAUUGGAGGUUUCGGAAAAGGUCUUGGAUAUGGCUACUACUAGGACUGCUGUUCCACUGUCACAAUUCAUC